AUGAUUAAAGAAAAGGGAAUAAAGCCGUUGUUACUGAAAGAUUACUUGUUGGAUGAUUUCAGUUCAUGUUCAUCAAAUGGGUUCAAAUCAUUUCCAAGAAGACAAUGUUGCUCUACCGUUCGAUUCCUUAUCGACAUUGACUUGAAAAACAAGAAAAAUCCACCGCCCCUUUUGAAAAACCCAUCAAAAUCUGCUUCAUCAAAGGCUCUUAAUUCAGCUUUUCAAUGCAUCAUCAACGCCGUGAAACACCUCCCAUUGGCCGCCAAGUCAUCGGCGGCGGCCCAGAAAAAGUUAAAGAAAUCAAUUCUACCCAGGAGUCUUUCUAAAAAGAUCCUCAAGAAAAGUUUUUGGAAAAGAACAAGUAGUCACCGAGAAAUCGAACGGUGGAAUUCGCUUGAUCAUUUGGUGAAGGAGAAAACAGAGCCAUUGAGUUCAGCAAGUGAUAGCAAUGACGGUAAAAGUAAAACUAACAGCUGGUCUGAUAGUGAUUUUACUGCCUCAGCCUCAGACGAUUCUUCACAGUUUUCAACUAAGGUGCCACACGACGUCGUACAUGAGAAGGUGGUGGUUGCUCUAUCAAACGACGACGUAUCUAUGGACUCAAUUACCACCAGUGAGGCCAGUGCCAGGACCAACUCUAGUCAAACAAAGGUGAGUUGUUAG